AAAUUUUAUUUUCACAUGCAAACAAACAGGUAUGCUCACUUACUGAUAUACUAUAUAUACUUGGUUCUGAAAAUUUAAUGUUCCUAUAGUUUAAAAGACACAGUAUUUUCUGAAAAGAUGUGUCUAAUCUUUGUAAUAAGUAUGACAUAUUUUUCACGAAAUAGGCUUCAUCCUUUUUGAGUCUUUAUAUUUCACUAAAAAUCUUAAAACUCUUACAGAGGCAGUUGUAAGAUUUUGAAUACACAAUACAAGAUUUCUAAGUAUAGUUCGUCGUAUCUUGAGAAUCAUAGGACAUUAAUUACUAUGCUAUUUGCACUUUGGAAAUCUACUCUGAAGUCAGCGUCUUCCAUAGGGUGCCCCUCAAAACGCAUAUAGACCAUGGACCAACAUUUGAUGAGCAAUAAUAGCAGAAACGGGGUUCAAAAUCGCGAGACAUUUCACAAGUUUUUCGAGUCAUGGCUUGUUGAACAGAACCAAGAUUUGGAACAGCUUGUGCGCGCCUCAAAAGAAGUCAAUGGCGUAGAAGAAAACAAUCGUAGAAUGUUGUCGCCGUUGAUUCAACGUGUCAUACACCACUAUGAGAAUUAUUACAAAGAAAAAUCAAGAAGUGCUAAAGAAGAUGUUUUAGGUAUGUUAAAUCCAACUUGGAGAAGUAAUCUUGAAGAUGCUUUUUUAUGGAUUGGAGGGUGGAGACCAAGUAUGGCUUUUCAUUUAUUGUAUUCGAAAUCGGGUUUACAACUUGAAGCUGGUUUUCAUGAUUUAUUUAGAGGAAUUAGUAGAGGGGAUUUAGGAGAUCUUUCUGGUAUUCAACUUGGGAAAAUUGAUGAGUUACAAAAUAAGACAUUAAGGGAAGAGAAAAAAUUGACUGAAAGAUUAGCUAAAGUUCAAGAAACAGUGGCAGAUACAUCAAUGGUUGAAUUAUCACAUAUAGUGAGUGAAUUAAUGAGGGAAGAGGGAAGACAAGUAGAGGAGACUGAGGAGGAAAAAGUGAAGACAAAUAUUGCUAAAAAGGAGGAAGGUUUAUUGGAGGCUUUAAAAAAAGCUGAUGAUUUAAGGCUGAGGACUCUAAAGGAGAUUUUGGGAAUUUUGAAACCAAUUCAAGCUGUUCAUUUCUUGAUUGCUGCUGCUGAACUUCAUUUGAGGAUUCAUGAUUGGGGAAUGAAGAAAGAUACUGUUGCUGUUAAUUCCCGCAACCAUGGUCAUGGCGUCCUCAAUAACAGAGACAGAGUCAGAAUUUAAGGUUUACGGGUUCUGAACUUACCGCUGCACCCGCCAUAUCCUUUUUAUUCAUUUCUGUUUAUGUGGAUUUUCUUCAGUUCUAUUAGUGUUGCAGAAACAUGAUAAGCUAAGAUUUUGAUGUAGAAUGAAGAACUUUAGUCUUUAGGUCCUUUUAAUUUCAUUUAUGUUAUUGUUGUUUUUGCAUAAAGUAGGGUAGGAAGUCUCCGUCAAACCAUGUACUCUAUUUGUUUCGUUAUAUAUGAUAUUAUGUUUUAUUGGGUAUUUA